GGAAGUCAGUGCGCAGGCGUGGUCCAAACUCUUUUUUUUUUUUUCCCUCUGCCUGCUGAGACUUUCUGCUCCCAAAGUCCUGGCGGAAGAGACCUCUGUAGAGCACCUCCAAGGAGCGCUGGGCCCGGUGUAACUGUUUGUGGAGGGGCGGGGCUGUCUCCGUGCGCGUUCCUCGCUUUAAUGGACCCCAGAAAAGGGACCAACACGGAAGUGCGGGGCUCAGGCCAGUGCAGGCCCUUCCCCGAGGGGGAUGUUCAGGUCAGAACAGGCCAAGGGGAGAAGCUGCCAACCGGAGCCUGGCGGGGCCGGUGGGGGUGCCCGAGCCCACAUGCCAUGGGAGGAGCCCUGCUCUCCGGCGCACACAGAGGAAUUCUGCCACCCCCUGAAGGACCCCAGGGUGGCCCCAGCAGAGAGCCCACUGCCAGAGGAAUGGCCCCCGGGACCCUGAGGCUCCCCUCCCAGGGAUCAAUAACAUUCAUGGAUGUGGCUGUGGACUUCACCCAGGAAGAGUGGUGUCUACUGGACCAUUCUCAGAAAGAGCUGUACCUGGAGGUCUUGCUGGAGAAUGUGCAGAAUCUACUCUCUGUGGGACUUCCAGUUCCUAGAGAAAAUUUUAUCUCCUGUUUUCAGCAAGGAAAAACACCAUGUCUGGUAGAGGAAAAAGACCCAAGGAGCUUCUUUCCAGUGGAAGAUGUUGAAGUGAAGGAGAUGUCUAUAAAGAUGAGCCUUUUUAUGGAAGGAUCUGUCUCCCCAAAAUGCAUGAAUGAGGGUCCCCGUGACUUCAUUUUGAGAGAAAUCUGUGACUCUGCUGUCAAGGCAAAUAAAAAUCCAAAGAGUGACUGUGAAUUUGGUGAAAGUGCAGAGAAAUUCAGCCAAUAUUCAGUCCUAAAUCAGUAUGUGAAAUUAACUGCAGGGAAUAACUGUGAUCAGGAUAGUGAAUAUCAGCAAUACUUUUCUGAAGAAGUAGGACUUGUUCAAUCAUCUGAGAAAUCCAUGUAUCAAGGUAACAUGGGACAAAUGGCCUUUGGCUGGAGUUCAGACCUCAUUAGACAUCCAAAAAGUAAACGUGUAAAGAUGGAUUCUGUGAGUGAUAAUGGUGGGAGACCUUUCAAUCAGAACUCUGAGCUUGCUACACAUCAGAGAAUCUACACUAGAGACAUACCUUAUGACUAUAAACACUAUGGAAAUGCUUUCACAGAGAAAGGCUCUCUUGCUAAGCAUCAGAGCAUCCACACUAGAGAGAAACCUUAUGAAUGUAAACAGUGUGGAAAGGCUUUCACACAGAGGAGCAAUCUUACUGUACAUCAGAGAAUCCACACUGGAGAGAAACCUUAUGAAUGUAAACAGUGUGGAAAGACUUUCACACAGAGGAGCAAUCUUACUGUACAUCAGAGAAUCCACACUGGAGAGAAACCUUAUAAAUGUAAACUCUGUGGAAAGGCUUUUACAGCGAGUGGUGAUCUUGUUGUACAUCAGAGCAUCCACACUGGAGAGAAACUUUAUGAAUGUAAACAAUGUGGAAAGACUUUCACAAAGAGGAAUAAUCUUACUGUACAUCAGAGAAUCCAUACUGGAGAGAAACCUUAUGAAUGUAAACACUGUGGAAAGGCUUUUACAGUGAGGAUCAAUCUUGCUACACAUCAGAGAAUCCACACUGGAGAGAAACCUUAUGAAUGUAAACACUGUGGAAAGGCUUUCACAAAGAGGUCCUGUCUUGCUGUACAUCAGAGAAUCCAUACUGGAGAGAAACCUUAUGAAUGUAGACAAUGUGGAAAGGCUUUCACAGAGAGGGGCCAUCUUGCUGUACAUCAGAGAAUUCACACUGGAGAGAAACCUUAUGAAUGUAAACAUUGUGGUAAGGCUUUCCCACGGAGGGGUUCUCUUGGUAAACAUCAGAGAAUACACACUGGAGAGAAACCUUAUGAAUGUAAACACUGUGGAAAGGCUUUCAGGUGGUUCGGGUUUCUUUCUGUUCAUCAGAGAAUCCACACUGGAGAGAAACCCUAUGAAUGUAAACAGUGUGGAAAGGCUUUUUCACAGAAGGGCUCUCUUGCUACACAUCAGAGAAUCCACACUGGAGAGAAACCUUAUUCAUGUAAACACUGUGGAAGGACUUUCACACAGAGGGGCCAUCUUGCUGCACAUCAGAGCAUACACACUGGAGAGAAACGGGGUCAAUAAAAAUUCAAGGAUGUGGCUGUGGACUUCACCCAGGAAGAGUGGUGUCUACUGGACCAUUCUCAGAAAGAGCUGUACCUGGAGGUCAUGCUGGAAAAUGUGCAGAAUCUACUCUCUGUGGGUAAGGACCAUUUCCUGUGUUAAUCUGAAUCUGUCAUUAAGAGAAUUACUUUAUUCUAAGCCAGAUGUACAGGAUUUUGAGCCUUUAUCAAUGAUUAAAAAAGCAAAAGUGCUGAUCUCUACCCAGGGUUCUACUUGUGCCUGCUUUUCAUUUAAGAAAAAAAAAGAAGAAAGAAAAAAGUCUUUGAAUUAUGUGAUGGGAAGCUGAGACUUUCCUUUCUUACCCCUAAAAUUGUUUCUCCUCUGUUUUUGAUAGCUUCAGGUGAAAACUUAAACCAGUGUUACAGAUUUGCAUUCCUGAAACUAAUUUCAGAAGUCAUCUAGUCCAGCCCCUAAUUAGACCUGAAGUUUGUGUGCAAAUGCUCUGUUUAUUCCCAAGAAGUUUUUCCUUGAAGAUAAGCAUUGAAGAGAACCCUCUACCUGCAAAGGCAGCCCCUUCCCCUUUGGGCUGGGUCUAGUCUUUAGAAAGGAUCUUCUUAAUAAUAAUAUUAAGUAUUGAUGGGAGAGGUGAAGCCAAGAAGGCAGCAUAGCAGAAGCAAAAGCUGGACCUGCCCUAAGAAUGUCAAAGCAACCUUAAAAUAUGCUUUUAAAUGGCUAGAGUCACAGAAUGAGCAUGGCUAAAAGUGAGAUGGCUCGCCUGAGGAAAACAACUUGAAAGUUAGGCAGAAAGGGUUUAUUUUGAGAGAAAAGGAGGGAACUAGAAGUAAAACUACACAGAGAGGAAUGAUUUGAACAGUGGGUUGGCCAGCAACACCCUGCUGAUAUCUGGGGUCCUACAAGGGUCCUGUGAGUCCUCAUUGGGGAGGGUCAUGAGAAGGGCAGCUGAAUUAAAAGGGCCACUGACCCAGAUAGUACCUCAUGGCAUCAAUGGCAACUGUAUUGAGGGAGGGCAUGAUUCUUAUAGGAAACUGAGUUGUUACUAUAUUUAGCAACCAAUCAUACAGAGUGGUUACCCCAAACAUACACAUCUAUAUGGUGUGAACCUUAAAAUUUCACAGACUUAUGAAUGUUAAAAAUUUUUACUCCACAUUGAGGAAUCCUCAAAUUCCCUACUGAAAAACAUUCCCCAUUUUGAUGUGAGAACUUGCCAGGAUCAGAAAUGGGAGGACCUCUACUCCACCCAUACUUAAAAAUGCUUUAGGGCAGAAAACUCCUUGCUAAACAAAGAAAGUACUUGGAUCCAUGUUUAUGGUGGGGCAAGGAGUUCUUUGAGCCAGGCCUGUUUUUAGAAUUGAUACAAUGGGAUGCUAGGUACCUAAAAGGGUCAGGCAAGUUUUUCUCUUGAUGAGAUUAGUUGGCUCAGCUGUGUUUUCUCUAGUUCAGACUUACUGAGGAUCUUGGUCAACACAGCAGCAUUUUUUUCUGAUUCAGACUUACUGAGGAGAUUGGUCGACUUAGCAGGAAUUUAGAUGGGCAGUCUUUUGGAAAGUGUCUACAGUGAUUGGUAGAUGUAGGGACUUGGGGGAUGUGACAUGGGAGAAAAACCCCUAUAUAAGAAAAAGCAGAAUCUCUUGAGGAUAUAUAUCCUUUUGGAGAAAUCCUUUUGGAGGAUCUCUGAUGAGGACCGCUUGGGAAGAAUCUCUUGAGAGAGGCUCUGGAGAAGGGAAGCUCUUGGAGGACAAUCUCUAAGGAGGUCUCCCUGGAGCUCCUCUAAGGGGACUCUGUCCCUCUGGAGGCUCUGGAGAGAGGCCCUUUGGAACAAUAUCUGGCUGGAAGGCUCUCUGGUGAAGUCAGCUAAGAUGGAGCUGGCCUGGUGUUACUAGAAUCCUUGUUUAGUCAGACCUUGUGGUGAGUGUUAAAAAAAACUGACUGAUUUCUCUCUUAAGACUCAGGUAUAGGCCAUAUUGACUUGAGGCCCUUCAUACUUAUUCCUUUCUUACUCUCUCUUUCUUUGAUUACUCCUUGUAUUGUUAAUUAAAAUCUCUAUAAAACCGAGUUGACUUGGGUAUUUGAAUAAUUGGGAAUAUUUCCCUGGUGACCACCUUAUAUUUGAUUUAAAAGCCAAGACACUGUAGUGAAACAUAUUUUCUGCGGUCAAAUUUACUCACCCUCUCUUAUAUCUAUCACAAUUUAUAUCUUCCACCAUUUUAACUCACUACAGUUUAAGAGCUCAACCAUUUUAAAUCUCACAAUGGUUACAAGCAAUGUUUACAUGACACCAGAUAACCAAGGAUAUCCAUAAGAUACAUGAACACAAAGAUGGCGUCUCAUCUAUUAGGUUCUCCAGGGAUAUGAUACACAAACCUAGAGUUUCCAGGACAAGCAAGUCACUUGGGCUCAUUCACUGUAUUCAGGUCUAUUCAACAAACUGUAUUCUUUUACCUCGGGGGUCCAACAACUCAGGGGCCUAUCAGAGGAGUGCAGACAAUUUGCCCCCAACUACUGCUCUAGGUUAUGCACCUGAGCACAAGCUAAAAUCAGGACUCUGGGAACUUUCUCAAGUCUACAUUAUUAGCACCUCCUUCCCCCAAUUCUUGGAAUACAAUGGCCUGGCACAAGUCUGUAGUAAGGCCCCAAAGUCACUUGGCCAGUUCAAGCCUGCCAUAAAGCCUGUGGCCUGAGGGCAAUGUAGGUCCCAGUUCUCUGAGCCCUGCAAGCCAUCAGCAGUCCCUAAAGGUGAUUAAAUCAGCAGCUUUCAGUGCCCGUCCCACAGGCCAUGGUACUAUUGUACAGGAUUUUGGAUAAGGGAAACACAAGAGAAAAAAA